AUGGAUGAAUUGGGUUCUGUUAUGAAAGCCAUUGAACUUUCUGCCCCGAACCGAGAUGGCAUCCCUGGUACAGAGGAGAAAACAACGGAUCUUCCCCCUCCUGCCCAGAAAACGGAUGACACUAGGCUAGAGGAGGAAAGGCAGGAUGACACCUCCAGUAAUGUGGAGGAACAAAAGGUAUCCCGGCCUACUGCUCCCGACCUAUGGGAACAGAUCAAUCGCUUUAGAGAGACUAUCUACGCCUGCGAGAAGAGUGUGAAGGCCGAUUACGACCUAUUCUAUAAUACCGAUCCUAGCGGUCUUACUAGGCCUGUCCUCGAGCAAGCAAGGGAGAGACUCAGGAGGAAUAAGGAAACGCUGGCCAAGAUGAUGAAUGAAGUCAAAUCUACUAUGAAGGACAUUCAAGAGGGGCGAAGGAACGUUGGUCGUCAAGCCGCGGCGGCGGAGGCUGUCAACAACACCUCUGACUAG